AUGCCGCCCAAGCUAACGGACGACACACCUCUCACUUUCCUGGAGCACAAUCCAAAGCGUGCAGGAUCCAAGGCUCAUGAGCGGUUUCAGCGCUACAAAGUCGCCAAAACAGUAGCGGAGGCGCUCCGACUGGGUGCAAGUCGAAGUGACAUCACAAGCGACAUCAAGGCUGGAUUCUGCACCUCGGGCGCGCUUCCUCCGAAGGAGGCCCAGAAGAGGCCCCUGGAUUCUGGCCCUCUACCGAAGGCGAAGGUGCAGCGCGAGGAUUCGGGAAGACCGCCCGUGUCAAUACCGGAGCCCUCUUUGCCGGAGCCCUCCCAAAAGCCUCCAGAAGCAAGCAGCUCAUCGAUGCCACGGGAGCAGGAUGCUUCGAAGCAGCCGCUUCAGCAAGUGGACUUGUCGUUUGCGAACAUGUCGGGCAAGCCAAUGCGGUAUGUGAAGCGGACGAUGGGUGAGGCCAAAAGGCUCCUGAGUCCUGAAGGGCUUGCCGAAGCAGAGAAAAGUGGCUACCGCUUCUGCUUGAAAGACAAAGAGAAUCUGGCUCGAUGGUUCGUCCAACUCAGGGACAUCAACCCAGACGGCAAGCUCGCAGCGGACCUGAAAAAGCACAACUUGGAUGCUAGCAUAGACUUGGAGCUGGUGUUGCCGGAUGGUUUCCCCAUGGAGCCGCCUUUUGUUCGCGUUGUGUAUCCACAGCUCAAAGGUGGCUUCGUGUUCGAGCGUGGGGGUAUUUGCUUCGAACCACUUACACAGAAGGGCUGGGCUCCCUCCAUGACUUUGCCAACGCUGGCAAUUGCCAUCAAGGGCAUCCUGGAUUACGGGGACGUGCGGAUCGCUGGGGUUGGGGACAGAGCCAACAGAACUGUGGCUCAUUACACGGAGGAGGGCGCUCGCAAGGAUCACACGGCCAUAUCAGCUGCCCACCGUGGGGGGGACAGCAAUACUUAUGGCAAGAACUACACCAGUUGA